GCCAAGAUGGCAGCGUCCUUGACAGGCGUGUUGUGAACAUUUCCAACAUGCUCAGCGGUUGCAAAUGCACGUGCCGUACAGCUGGCAGGAGAAAACUGUGAGAGCGGAGCAUGGAGAGGCGCGAGCUCGUCGCGUCGCUGGUGGCAGGCGGCUGUGCGGGGAUGUGUGUGGACCUGACCCUCUACCCCCUGGACACCGUUAAGACCAGACUGCAGAGUCAGCAGGGCUUCUACAAGGCGGGGGGCUUCAGGGGCAUCUACGCUGGAGUCCCAUCUGCUGCUGUCGGCUCCUUUCCCAACGCCGCUGCUUUCUUUGUCACCUACGAAUGCACCAAGUCCCUGCUCGGCUCCGGCGGGGCGCUGGAGGCGCCGCACGUGGCACCUGUCACUCACAUGCUGGCCGCCUCCCUGGGAGAAAUGGUGGCGUGUCUGAUCCGGGUGCCCACGGAGGUGGUCAAGCAGAGGACCCAGGCUUCCCCCUCAUCCUCCACCUACCGCAUGCUGCUGGCCACACUCAGAGAAGAGGGUGUCCGAGGCUUGUACAGAGGAUACGGGAGUACGGUUCUCAGAGAGAUCCCGUUCUCUCUGGUGCAGUUUCCACUUUGGGAAUAUUUAAAGACUCUGUGGUCAUGGAGGCAAGGUCACACGCUCUACUCUUGGCAGGCUGCGGUGUGCGGAGCUUUUGCAGGUGCAGUAGCGGCAUUUGUUACCACUCCUCUUGACGUGGCAAAGACCAGGAUCAUGCUCGCAAAGGCCGGGUCGACCACAGCGAGGGGCAACAUCCCGCUCGUGCUCCACGAUGUGUGGAGGAGCCAGGGCCUCUCAGGUCUGUUCGCGGGCAGCAUCCCGAGGACGGCCUUCAUCAGUGUCGGGGGUUUCAUCUUCCUGGGAGCCUACGAGGAGGCCCGCCGCUCUCUGCUGUAGCGGCUCGUCCCUGACCUGGCGGAGGCGGAGCUACCUCGUCCCUUGGAGGAGGCGGAGCUACCUCGUCCCUUGGAGGAUGCAUCGUCCACUGGCCGGAUGACAUCCCCCCGGGGUGCAGCAUUCCUGAACAGGCUGACCUCACGCACUUCUGUGAUGAUACCAGUGGUUUGAUGAAAUGGAGCCACACCCUGUCACACAAUGAGCCAUCUUUACUAUUAAACGUGUGUGUGUGUGUGUGUGUGUGUGUGUGUGUGUGUGUGUGUGUGUGUGUGUGAGAAUCAAUGAGUUGUGGUAUUAAAGACGUGUCUCUUUUUAUGCUUUGAAGUGAUGUUUGGUGAUUCGGUCCCCCGUAAAUCUCCCUCUACUCCCUCUAUGAUAAUUUUAGUGCUUUAUCCAUAUUUCCCCCUCUGUCGAGCCGAGCCACCUUUUUGUUAAGGACCCACCGGGGGAGGGACACGGCUAUAUGUCGCCAUUGUUAAAUUCCCACUGGAGCACCACUGAGCUCAUCCACCUGCAAGAGCUUUAAUCUAAUACUCAAGAUGCUGACAACAAUGGAGCAUUUGUUUAUUAGUUUGGGGUAUAUCUGUCGUGCUUAUUGUGAAAUAAUUGUAUGUUGGUUCUUUAGUGUAAGCGGGGAUUUCUUAAUCUAAAAACUGCAGACUUGUCCAAAAAGUGUUUGUUACUCAAUAGAGAACAUCCGUUAACUCCUCCAUUCAGUGGUGCUACUCGUAGUCAGAGUUGAAAAGAUGGAUCUUUAUUGCAAAGAGUUAUUUGUUUGUUUGCUUUCUUUCUGGGAGCUAAGCUAAUAUCAGCUGCAUCUACAGCUGUACUUAAAAUGUAUAUAAUGCCAUCAUUUAAGGUUUAAUACAGAUUACCCAUUAAAACAAAGCCAGCUAAAACUUGUCUACUUUCCCAGUGGGCCGUUCAGAUUCUGAUAUUGUUUGCCAAGUUAUCAGCUGUCGAUUGUCCUAAAACUGAAAUUAUCUGUAUGACUUGAUUAAGUGAGGAAAUUAUUAUUAAUAAUAUUUUUUGUUAAAUUAAAUGCAUUUUUAUUAAGUAAAUUAUUGGUUUUCUCAGGAAUUCAUUCAAUGACAGACAUGUUUAAGAAGUAUGUUCUCAUUUGUAGCCAUUUGUACGCCUACUGAUUGUCUCCACUAUCCAAGACUAGGACAUCCCUCCUCCUCAGGAUUAUUUAAAUCAUAUACGGUUAGUGUCUGCAUUAUGAUUAUGGUCUUCAGUGACUUGGCUCCGCGUGGUCCCUGCAGAGGCAAAACUGAAGACUCAGUAAGUCAGGAGAUGGAUGGCCUCACAGGUGGGAGCGUUUGUCCUGCUGCUCGUCCCCUGGCUGUUGGGACAACAAUAGACAGCGUGCGAUUGGUGGAGGCCACAGCCGGUAGUGUGUCAAUCAUCAUGUGUGACACACAUCCAUCUGGAAUGCACAUUCUGGUCAGCCACUGACCCUCAAUCAGCCCGACUUGAUAGCAAAUAUUCUAAACAGUCCGCAGAAGGAAAAUAUAUGGCUGCUGUGUUUGGAGCUUCAGGGAGCCACAUUCCUGUGUGUGUGUGUGUGUGUGUGUGUGUGUGUUACUGCUUUGAGAUCAAUGUCUCUGGAUUUCAUGUCUAUGAAUUGAUGGCUUCUCCAUAACCUCUCACAAUGUGAGCAGAGGCUCAAAAUGCUACCUCAGCUCUUUUUUUGACUCCAUUGUUCGUCACUCCUUUCAUCCUGUUCAUAAUAUGCAUGAAGGAAAACAGGCUUGCAAAAAUAGCAAUAUGUGAUUUUUCUUUUUAUUAGACACUUCAAUGCCAUGUUUGACACUUCACGGCUUCAACGGUUUUUCAGAUAGUUUUGUUUUCAAUAAAUUACUCUCAAUGCCAUGUUAGCAGUGGUGUAUAAAAAGUACCCAAAAACCAUACUUGAGUAAAAGUAAAGAUACCUUCCUGGAAAAUUACUCAAGUAAAAGUCACCUAUUAGAAUACUACUUCAGUAAAAGUCUUAAAGUAUCUGAUA